AUGUCUGACUUCACCCUUAGACGCCUAGCAGAAUGGACGCCUCACAGACGCGUUAUUCUAGCGUGGCCAGGCUUGGAAGGGAUCCUCAAGGAUUACCCAGACAUUCUGGCAAAGGCAACGCAAGAGGUCUCAAAUCUUGCGGCGGCCAUUGCCCAAUUCGAACCCGUCACUGUCGUCGUGGGCGCUGAGCGUAUUGAAGAGGCCGAGGCAUAUUUCGCCGAGGUUGAUGCCCCCUUUGACCUCAAAACGCAAAGAGUUGAGGGAGCAGAAUUGGAUGUCUGGACGAGGGACUUUGCACCUGUGUUUGCUAUCAAAGAGAGCCCUGGAGGUGACCGCGGCCUCGUCGGCCUUGACUAUAACUUCAAUGGCUGGGGGGGCAAAUACCCCACGCCCACGAUUGUUGAUUUCGCAAAGAAGUUUCUGAAAGAAGCAAAAUAUGAGCGGAUUGAAACAUCCAUCGUGACCGAAGGCGGCGCACUGGAGGUGGACGGCGACGGAACUCUGCUGGUCACAGAGAGCUCUAUUGUUAAUGACAACAGAAACCCUGGCAAGAGCCGCCAGGAAAUCGAAGAUGAACUUAUUCGCACUCUUGGAGUUGAGAAGGUCAUCUGGAUUCCCGGCAGGCCAGGUCUUGACUCAACUGAUUGCCACAUCGACGCCCUGGCCCGCUUCGCCCGUCCAGGCGUUAUCGUCUUGAGCAAGGCCAACGAGGUGAAGCCGACCGACUGGACGGUAGUCUAUGAGGAGACUCUCGAGAUCUUGAGCUCUGCGACUGACGCAAAAGGCCGUCCAUUUGAGAUUAUCGAGAUAGAGGAGCCUGAUGAGGAUCUCUUCGAUCCUCCUCCCAAAGACGUCCAGGGCGUCAAGGGCAUCGAAGAAGACCGUGCCGUGCGCAGUUAUGUCAACUACUUUUUGCCCGCGGGUGGUGUCAUUCUGCCUCAGUUUGGCGAUCCGGCGCAUGAUGCCGCCGCCAUUCGGACUGCGCAACGAGUCUUUGGUGACGAGAGGAGGAUCUUGCCCGUUCUCAUUGAGCAGCUGCCCAUCUUGGGAGGCGGGAUUCACUGCGCCACUCAGGAAAUUCCAUUGUCUCCCUAG